UAAAAGUCGGUGGGUGUGAAUCGUAACGGCAGAACGUGGCUGUCGCGCUGACGUCAGUCGAGAUUUCUUCUUGCUUUCUUUCCUGACCCCGGACGUGGCGUUGUGUUUCGUUCGGGGCCGUCGAGUCGAAGAUUGCCGAGCGCUUCGCGGAAAUUGCCGAAGGCGCCGCCAUAUUCCUGCCUCAGAGGGUAGUAGAGAGGAGGAGGAGGAGGUGUUUCGGAUCGCCAGGGCAGGCGUCCCCCCCCCCGGCUGAGGACGAGCACCAUGUUGCGACUCCCUGCUGUCUGCAAGACCUUGACUGGUGUCAGUCAAACUACUAAAGGAUGUGUACGCUCAACUGCUACAGCAGCCAGCAAUCUGAUCGAGGUUUUUGUUGAUGGCCAUCCUGUCCUGGUACCGCCAGGAACCACAGUACUUCAAGCAUGUGAGAAGGUUGGAAUGCAGAUCCCCCGCUUUUGUUAUCAUGACAGAUUGUCUGUGGCUGGAAAUUGUAGAAUGUGUCUUGUGGAGAUUGAAAAAGCCCCUAAGCCAGUAGCUGCUUGCGCCAUGCCAGUGAUGAAGGGGUGGAACAUUCUGACAAAUUCUGAGAAGUCCAGGAAAGCAAGGGAAGGAGUAAUGGAGUUCUUGUUGGCAAAUCAUCCAUUGGACUGUCCCAUCUGUGAUCAAGGAGGGGAAUGUGACCUUCAGGACCAAUCAAUGAUGUUUGGCAGUGAUAGGAGUAGAUUCCUAGAAGGCAAACGUGCAGUUGAAGACAAGAACAUUGGCCCGCUGGUGAAAACUAUCAUGACCCGGUGCAUACAGUGCACUAGAUGCAUCAGGUUUGCAAGUGAGAUUGCGGGAGUUGAUGACCUAGGAACCACUGGGAGAGGAAAUGAGAUGCAAGUUGGUACUUACAUUGAAAAAAUGUUCAUGUCUGAAUUAUCAGGCAAUGUGAUUGAUAUUUGCCCAGUUGGUGCGCUUACCUCGAAGCCAUAUGCUUUUACUGCUCGACCCUGGGAGACAAGAAAGACAGAGUCCAUUGAUGUUCUUGAUGCAGUAGGGAGCAACAUUGUGGUGAGCACUCGAACUGGAGAAGUGAUGAGGAUUUUGCCAAGACUACAUGAGGAUAUCAAUGAAGAAUGGAUUUCUGACAAAACAAGAUUUGCUUAUGAUGGUCUGAAACGGCAGCGUCUUAUUGAACCAAUGAUAAAGAAUGAAGAGGGGUUGUUGACUUAUGUGUCCUGGGAAGAUGCCUUGAGCUGUGUGGCAGGAGUGUUGCAAAGUAGUCAGGGAAAUGACGUAGCUGCAAUUGCAGGAGGACUGGUUUACCUCUGGGAGAAAUCUCUAAACCCACCUCUGCUUCAUAUUUUUGCUUUUGUGCAUUCUCUUUAUAGAACAGACCUAAGAUCUAACUACCUCCUUAAUACCAAGAUUGCAGGAGUGGAAGAAGCAGAUGUUCUGCUGCUAAUUGGCACUAAUCCACGCUUUGAAGCACCACUGUUCAAUGCCAGAAUUCGAAAGAGUUGGCUUCACAAUGAGCUCACGGUGGCUCUUGUGGGCAGUCAGGUUGACUUGACCUACACAUAUGAUCAUCUGGGUGAUUCCCCACAGAUACUCCUGGACAUUGCUUCAGAAAAACACCCAUUCAGCAAGGUCCUGAACCAGGCUAAAAAGCCAAUGGUGGUGGUUGGCAGUGUAGCAUUGCAGCGUAGUGAUGGAGCAGCUCUUCAUUCAGCCAUUUCCACCAUUGCACAAAAUGCUAGGACAAAAAGUGGAGUUGGUGAUGACUGGAAAGUCCUGAACAUUCUCCACAGGGUUGCAAGCCAGGUAGCUGCUCUUGAUCUCGGUUACAAACCAGGAGUGGACACAGUGCGGAAGAAUCCCCCCAAAGUGCUUUAUCUCUUAGGGGCUGAUGCAGGUUGUGUUACUCGUCAAGAUUUGCCUAAGAAUUGUUUUAUUAUCUAUCAAGGGCACCAUGGUGAUAUAGGUGCUCCUAUGGCUGAUGUCAUUCUUCCGGGAGCAGCUUACACUGAAAAGACUGCAACCUAUGUGAACACUGAAGGCAGAGCUCAGCAAACCAGAGCAGCUGUAACACCGCCUGGCCUGGCAAGAGAAGACUGGAGAAUUAUUAGAGCAAUUUCUGAGGUGGCCGGCAUGACUCUCCCUUAUGACAAACUUGAUCAAGUAAGGAAAAGAUUGGAAGAAGUGUCUCCCAACUUGGUUAGAUAUGAUGAUGUAGAAGAAGCCAACUACUUUAGGCAAGCAAUUGAUCUGUCCAAGACAGUGAAUCAGAAACUUCUUGCUGAACCACUUGUUCCACCCCAACUCACAGUUAAAGACUUCUAUAUGACAGAUCCUAUUAGUAGAGCAUCACAGACGAUGGCAAAAUGUGUGAAAGCUGUUACAGAGGGUGCCAAGGCGAUUGAAGAACCCACCAUCUGCUAAAGAAUGAAAGCUGACUACUGGAGUCCAUCAGGCAUGAUUCUGACUGAAAUGAUUAGACUACAAAAUAGCUUUUCUUUUUUGUUUAGGUCCCUACUUCCUUUAUGAAUUGCAAAGGAAAGUUUAUUUUAGGCCAUCAACCUGCACUUCAUAAUAUAAAAUCCAGUUCACUGUGUGGAGACGUGUAUGUACUGACUGUGUACAGACAUGAUGUAACAUUAAAACAAUUUUACUGUG